AUAAACCCUAGCCAGGGGAGGAGAUGUGGCGGUCAGCUGCGGCUCGUCAGCUUUUCCAGAGGAGCUUGUGCAGUGGCCAUGGAUCAUUAACAACUACUCAACCUGCACCGCGACUUGUCUUGCACUAUGACAAGAUCAACACAUCCCUCAUUCUUUUUGACAGUUCCUAUUACAGCAUCGGCAGCCAUGGUUGGUUGAUGAAAGAAUUUGGGGCCCUGCUUGCGUUGGCUCACCGAGGUACCAAAUGCACCAUUCACCAGCGCAAGCAUUGCAAUAGCUCCUACUGGAGCUGCCCGUAUAGCCGCCCUGACUUAGACUACGACCCGGACAUGCCACCGUCCGUGACUGAGCUCAUGCCUUGCCAGAUUGAGAGCAUCGAGGCCACCGGCUGCCUUUCUACUUUCGAGCUUGGUAUCAGAUACAAGACGGACUCGGUGGUGAUCAGCGAUGAAGAUCGAGAGAUAGAUCGUGCAAAAUUAUCCAAGGAAUAUAAGGAGUUUAUGCACGCGUGGCGUAACAAGGAGAUAAAUUGCGCAAGAUUAUCUGAGGAAUGUUUGGACAUCUGGCAUAACAGGGUCCCUACAAAUUGUGUGCUACUCUCGGUUCCUUCAAAGGCACUCAAGUACAAGGCAUUGCAAUGGAACCUUGAGCGCGAUUUUUGCAACAACUUCCCGCUGGAGAUUUUGCCACACGAGUUUGUGACGAAUGCGGCCAGCUCCAAUACGAGGCUGAAGGAAAAAGAUGCCAUACUUGAGUUGGGUGAGGCGGUGCUGCAGGGGAUCAGGAGAUGUGUUGUAGUGGAUCUCCGGGGCAUUGGGAUCAUGAAAAAGGUGGGGUUGUUUCUACCUGGUGCUACUGUGGAUAAGCUGCGAGGAAUUCCCCAGCCAGGCCCGGGGCUUGCUCCUUAG